UCAGAGCGCGCGCCCCGGAGCCGAAAAGCGGGGGGCGUCAUGAAGCCCCCGGCCGGCGCCAGCGGCAAGGGCGGCGCGGUGGACCCCUCUCUGCCGCGGUUCAGGUGCCAGGAGUGCCGCCGCGCCCUCGUCGUCGUCGGGGUCGAGUCCUACGCCGACAGACUGCCCGCACACGCCGCGCCCGGUAAUCAUGCAUCUUCUGUUCAGGGCAGUGUUAUGGGUGCAAGCAAGAUGGACAACUCUUAUGUUGUGCUAUCUAGACAGAACAAAUCUCAGGGUCCUAGAAUUCCUCCACGCCCACCAAGUGCAGCAGCGGCACAUGCUGAUCCCAGCCAAUCAACAAGAGCGAUAGAGGGGUCAUAUAUAGUGCUUCCACCUCCUGCCGCUUCCAUAUACAGGACAUCUGCCUCUGAAGGUGGUGCACAGCUCACACCAUCAGGUGUAAUCUCCAGUAGCCCCUCGCUGGGAAACAAUUCUGGGUUUCACUCUAGUGUUACUGUGCUGAAAAGGGCCUUUGAGAUUGCUAGCUCGCAAACUCAGGUUGAACAGCCACUUUGUCUGGAAUGUAUGAGGGUUCUUUCUGAUAAGAUGGAUAAGGAGAUUGAAGAUGUUAAUGCUGAUAUUAAAGCUUAUGAGGCUUGUCUUCAACGUUUGGAGCAGGAACCUUACAACAUCCUCAGUGAAACAGAUUUUCAAAAGGAGAAACAAAAGAUUGAGGAAGAGGAAAAGAAACUUAAAGCUGCUAUUGAAGAAGCUGAAAAACAAUAUUCAGAAGUUAGAUCUGAGAUGGAAAAUCUUGAAAUAAAGUCUAAACAAUUUGAGGAAUUGGAAGAGCGGUAUUGGCAUGAAUUCAACAGUUUUCAGUUUCAGUUGACAUCUCACCAGGAAGAAAGAGAUGCAGUUUUUGCCAAGAUAGAAGUUUCUCAGGUUCAUUUGGAACUGUUGAAGCGUACUAAUGUUCUCAAUGAUGCAUUCUAUAUAUCACAUGAUGGAGUAAUCGGAACAAUAAAUAACUUUCGCCUAGGACGUCUUUCUAAUGUAGAGGUUGAGUGGGAUGAGAUAAAUGCUGCAUGGGGUCAGGCUGCACUGCUGUUGCAUACCAUGGCUCAGUAUUUCACCCCAAAAUUCCAAUACCGGAUCAAGAUUCACCCUAUGGGAAGCUAUCCAAGAGUCACAGACAUCCAGAAUAACACAUAUGAACUGUUUGGUCCCGUGAAUUUGUUCUGGAGCACCCGAUUUGACAAAGCCAUGACAUGGUUUCUUACUUGCCUGCAAGAGUUUGCUGAGUUUGCCAUAAGUUUGGAUAAGCAGAACAAUGUUCCCCCUGAAAAAUCACUGAAGCUUCCCUACAAGAUUGAUGGUGACAAAGUAGGGAGCCACACGAUCGUCCUUAGUUUCAAUAAGAAUGAAAACUGGACCAAGGCUCUAAAGUACAUGCUGUGCAAUCUGAAGUGGGUUCUCUACUGGUUUAUUGGCAAUACAAGUUUUGCACCACCCUCUGUAUCACUGCACACACAAUCUCUGAAGAACAAGAGUUGAUGCUGUUCUCUCUCUGCAACAACUGUACAUAGUUUGUGUACUCGACCCUAUUCGUUGGAUAUAGCCGCAGUGACAAUAAUGACACGUUUGAUGUGCAUUUGUUUAUUGCUUGAAAUCUGCCAUGAUGUGUUUAUUGUACAAUCUAAAUCUCAGGAACUACAUUUUCACCCUUA